AUGACUCGUCUACUCAAUAUUUUGGUCCUUCUUGGCCUGACUGGCAGCUUUGUAGCUGGCCAGCGCUAUGACCAGGAGAAGCAGAAUGCUGAUGCAGAAUGCAACAACGGCUGUUUCUUCAAGUACUUCACCAACAAGUGCAAUGAGGAUAACAAGGCUUGUGUGUGCACGUUGGACGACAUGAGAGAGAAGUUCUUGUGCUGUAUUGCUAAGAGCUGCGCCCCCAACGUUCUGCCAGAGCAAAUCCAAAGAUCUGGAGAUGGUUGUGUUGCCUGGAACCUUCCCUUCACGUUCGAUGCUGAAGCUGCUUGUGGUAUCAAGCUACCCAAGUCUUCCGAGACAUCGUCCGAGGCCAUGGCCACUACUACUGUGACAACCGCUGAGAAGACGUCUGAUGCUGCAACAACCACGGAGGCAGAGACGGAGACCAAGACUGAUGUUUCAACUGUUGAGACAUCAGCGGCUAGCCAGACAACCGGCGCAGCGGAGCCUUCGACCGUCGAGAACGGUGCUAUGAAGGCCGCUGUCGGCGGUGCCAUUGCGCUUCCCGUGUUGCUAGGCCUUCUGUAA